CCGUUAGUUUGGUGCUACAGUUAACGUUAUUUACACUGAAUCAUUCAGCAUAACGUUUGCCAAUCUUUAUCUCUGCGAUUACAGAUAAAUUCAUGAAGCUAAGCUCCAGAAGUUAACAUUAGUUUAACUAGAGCCCUUUGGACAACAGCUACCAAUGAUGUAUGAUCACCGAAGUACAAAACUACAACAAAAUAAACUAAUGAACUCCCAGCAAACAAGGUGACAUGAUGAACGAUGCAGCUAGGAGCUAAUGUUAGGCUAACUUUAGCUAACAUUAGCUAGAGAUGUUAAAGAUAACUUUAUAUUUCUUUCCAGCAAAGUGACAAUACGUUGCCUCAAACACGACGUUGACUUACCUUAGAACAGAUGUAGACAUCCUUGUUAAUCUUUUUCAUGUUGAGUUGAUGUUGUGGUCUACCGUUACCACACAACUUUAUCCAAAGGAGACACUUUUCUCGGUUGAGAUGUGGUUUAAGAAAGUGUAAAAAAAUACACCUCGUCGCCCAGCCUGUUAGGAUACCUUGUGUCGGAGUUGCAUGUAUCCCAUGCACACUGUUUGACCAUUUUUAAACUUAAAAUCUCCGAAAAAGCUCAUAAAACCGAACAAAACUGACUUUCUGUAAUGCAUUUCAAUGAACGUCCAGGCUGAGAAUGUCCGAGUGUAUGGGAAUGGCUAUACGCACAGUGAUUGGCUCAUCGCGUUUGAGGGUGGGACUUAGCCAUAGGUCAAUUCUAACUGUUGUUGAUCUAUUUUUGUGCAGUUCAGCAACAAAUAUAUUUUUCUAAAUGAACGUUAAAUUUCAGCUGUAAUAGUGCAGCCACCAACAGUUCACCUCAUUUUUUUUCUCACAGCUGUAACUUUGGAGAUAAAAGCUUGUUAGCAAUGCUAAAUCAAAGUGAGAUUGGACACCUGUCAUGUCUGUGUCACCAUUUCUGUCCUCUUUCCUAAACAUUCAAACAGUGCUAGCAGCAUGGUGCCGGGCAGACAAUGUUGAGCCGUCAAGAAAAACACAAUGAUAUUGUCUCAUAUUGAUCGUAUGUCCCUAAAUUGAAUAUAAUCGUAAUCAAAUAUGCUAUUGUUUUGCUUCGCACUGUGCUAUGCCAUGCCACACCACACCAGGGUCAUCCCUAUGUUUCCAGGGUUCUAUGUUCCCCACUUAACCCUGCAAAAAAAAAAGCUUCUAUGUUCCCUGCUUACACAAAAAGGGUUCUAUGUUUCCUGCUUGGUUGAGCAGGCAACAUAGAACCCGGAAAACAGAACCUUUUUUGUGUAAGCGGGGAACAUAGAACCUUUUUUGCAGGGUUAAGUGGGGAACAUAGAACCUGGGAAACACAGAACCCUGGAAACAUAGAUACGCUCCCCACCACACCACAGUGUAUUUGUAUCGUAUCUAGCAUGAGAAAACUUGUAAUUUACCCCCCUCACAACGUGUCCUAACUGGAUGCGAGCAUUGCUCGACACUGCGUUACAUCGAAUGCUCUCUGUCCACACUGGAUCCACAAAAUAUGGAACUCCGACAUGUCAUGUAAACAAACCAUGUCACUAGCAGCUGUGCGCUCAGUAACGACUGAAAAGAUGGCUGAGUAUGUACUUCCUAAUUAUAUUGUUGUAGUUCCUAUGCUAUGUCAUCUCCACUUUAUAAAACAAUCAAGCUUGCUAGCAUCCCACACAAGUCCUACCAGAAACCUUCAUCUUCCUGACAAUCUCCCUCCAAGCAGAUGUCAACCUAUUUAUAUUUUUGUAGUAAAAGAAGGAGGUAUCCUGUAGGUAAUUCUUCAGCUAAACCUCGUGAGUCAGCCGUUCCUCGUCCAUUGCAGUGCUUCCAAUGCAAGCAACAGAAUAAAAAUUGAAAUAGGGCCUCCACCAAAAGUUCAACUCAAAACGCCAUGCUACAUCACGCCGCGUCGCUCGUGGGCAGUUAGGACAGUCAAACAGAAAACAAUGCAAUCAAACUGAUUUAGUUAUUACGCUUGCACACAUCAUAUCCAGUUACUAUGUGGUGUUACAGGGUAAUGUAACAUUGAAUGUCUCAUCAUUUUCCAAGAGUCUUGAGCCAGGGCCUUGGCCUCCACCCAGCGACUUCAGAUGAAAAUGAGCUUUUAACUGUAUCUAAUACAUGUAGCCUACUGUGCUUUGUCCCUGCUAAAUAAACAACUAAAUAAAUAAAUAAAUAAAUAAAGGACCUGACUGCGAGCGAGUGGAACAGGCUUUUUUAACAGAGGACUGUUCCACAUGCCACAGUAGGAAAAGCACAGGUGUAAAUAAAAAAAUGGCUGAAUUCCUUUCAGGGUCUGGGUAUAUAGUUCAUGUUGUCUCACCGUCAUGAUUUACCAGGACACUUGCAUAGAACUGAGCCAUUGUUACAUUUAAAGGCUCUCUAAGUUUUUGUCACAUACAGCAAACAUCUCCUCACAAUCCGCUAGCUACAUGUCCUCUGAAUAUGCUGUGAAAAAGUCCGGUCUCUGUAGGCAGCCCAGGCUCCGCAAAUGGCAACAAAAACAUUUUGGCUGAGGAAGACUUAGAGAGCCUUUAAUGGUAACACCAGUCAAAAUAUCUGCUGUGAAACCAGCCUAAACAGGACUUAAGACAGAAAACAGCAAAUAUAAAUCCUGGUGAGAUAGGCUAUGCUGACACAACAUUGCAAUGGUAUUGUUUUCACUUUCUGUGUGUGUGUGUGUGUGUGUGUGUGUGUGUGUGUGUGUGUGAGAUAGAGAGAGAGAGAGAGAGAGAGAGAGAGAGAGAGAGAGAGAGAGAGAGAGAAAAGAAAAUUCACACUGUCCUAUUACUCGCAAUAAACUUUAUUUAAAUACACAUGAUUCUAAGGUACUGGAAGGAGCCUCAAACUCCUACUCUGUUAGGAAAAUUAAAAUUGGAAAAAUGAUUUGGUUAAUGAACAAUGGGACAGUUUCAGCAGAUAUUUGUCUGGAGGGAACAAUCUGUUCAAGUAAAGACAGAUGAUGCGGUAGAAUAUACUCGUAAGUGACAUGUUACACUAAUGAUUGGCUCACCACUGUGACUGAAUAGCAACCUUUCCUGUAUUUACGUCUGUCAAUAUUUUCUAGACUUCCUGCCAUUUUUUUAAAUGUCAUUUUAUUUUGUUAAUGAUUGUCAUGUUAACAAAUGUAAUACAAUUUUGAAUUAUGAAAAAUUAAACACGUCUGAAGCACAAUAAUGAAACAAAGACAUUACUUAAAACAUUUAUUUCAUAUCUUAAAAUUACGGUCAUUUACAGCAUUACAAAACAGAAAAACUCAGGUCCAGAAAGGUCCAGUGUGUAGGAUUUAGGGGCAUAUAUUGGCAGAUAUGGAAUAUAAUAUAAUAUAAUAUAAUUAGUAUGAUUUCUUUAUUGUAUAACCACCUGAAAAUAAGAGUUGCUGUGUUCUCUUUACCUCAGAAUGAGCCAUUUAUGUCUACAUAGGGAGUGGGUCAUCAUUUAUGGAAAUCGCCAAUGUGCAGAGCAGGAGUUACACUGAUAUGGAACUUGAAACUGCUUUAUUCAGUGUUUCUAGCAGUUUAAAUCACCUGAUCCAUUUGUUUUGGAGAAGAAGGGUACUCUGUGAAUAGCUUGGCUUUCGGUUAAGACCCUCUGAACGUCUGGAUCUUAUGUUAUGUGAGGAAAAAAAGUGACCACACAUUAGCAUGUGUUGGACUAGCCAUCCGCAGCUUGCCAAACUGCAUCUGAAAUAAACAUAUUUGAAACAUGAAAGUGUGUUAUUCAGUGUUUUACUAGUUUAAUUCAAAGGGUCAGUUUAUCUUGGAGUCCUCUGUGGUUAAUUCAGCUCAUGGUAAAAAAAAACCCUUAACGUCUGGAUUAGAAAAAGGUGAGCACAUAUUAACUUAUCAGAGUAAAGGGGUAAGCACACUAUUGCAUGUUGUGGGCGAGUCUCGAGAAGCCAGAUAGUGCUGAAGAUGCACUGAUUUGAAACUGUUCUAUUCAGUGUUUUUAGUGAUUCUAAUUGCCUGGUCUGUUUGUUUUGGAGAAGAAGGGACGUCUGUGGAUAUUCCCAAUAAAAACUUUCUGAAUCACAAACACUCAAAGAAUUCUCGCCAGGACAAGUUUCAGCUGGUUGCAAUCUGCAAUUCAUGGCUAGACGCCACCAAAUUCCCCUAAAUCGUACACAUUUCACCUCAGUGCUAUUUUUGACUGCUAUUUUACUUUACUUUUACUCACAUUUUAGUCAUUUUCAUCCUUCAUAGUUUUAGCCUAGUUUUAGUCAACAAAAAUUCAAAACAUUUUAGUCAACUUUUAGCCAUUAUGUUUUCUGUUUUGUUUUUUUUUUUAUCUUUAAACUAAUCCAAUGAGGCUAAUCCAUGUAUCAGAAAUUAGAAUCAAGGUAACGUUGUAUAAAAAAUAUAUAUUAGACAUUUUUUUCUACAACUACAAAUAAUUUCUGCACACUUACAAGGUGUCAUUUCUCCAACAGUGUUUGACAGGUUUAAGGGGUGAUUUAUGAGCACACACUUACUGAUCAUCAUUUGAAAAGCUCAACAUCUCUCUAGUUAUGCUCUCAAAUCUUUGACACCACAAACAACUAAUCUGAGACAACUAGGAUUUGUACCCACAUUCAUUGUAAACUCUGACAUCCAUCUCACUGUUAACAAACAGAAAAACAUUUAAAACCUUAUUUCUUACUGUGUAAUAUGCAUUUCCCCAAGCAGUUUUUGUUUUGUUGGGUCAUAUUUUUUUUCAGUGAUUUUAUUAUUUCAUUAUGCUUUUAAUACAAAAAUUGUCAAUAAAGAUUUAAGUGAGAAAAAACCCCAAACUCAAGUCUUUCUUAAUCUGCAAUAUAAUAGUCUAGUCUAAUUAUCAAGACCUAUUUUUGUCUUGUUUUGGUCAUGGAAAAAAGGCUGUUGACGAAAAAUGUAUGUCAUUUUUCCUUUAUCAAAUUAACACUGUUUCACCUUUAAAUGACUAAUAAGGCAUCCCUUCUUGGUGAAUGUAAUGCUGUAACAGCUAUCCCAUUGUUACAACCAUACCUGGUCACUCCUACAUUUUGGCAGUUUAGCAAAUUUGAAAUCAGUAUUAUGAGUUGUUUGCUAUGUCAUAAUUAUGACACACUGAGCAAACAAAUAUUUUUAUCCUAACCACUCCUAAUUUCUUGCCUUCAAUAAUGGGCUCGUCAUUCUGUAAAUAGAGGACUGGAUGUGUGAUUUGAUUUUAGGCACCAUUUCCUCAUUAUUGAUAUUCCUGUUUAAAAUAUGUGCGGGUGAGCUUGAUGCAGCUGAAUGAGUGUGUCCUGGCGUGGGUGAGGACUCCAGUCUCGACAGUCACUGUGUAAAUCGUGUCUCUUUAACUGAGGUAUUCUCAGGACGGGGAGGGGGUGGAUGGGUUCAUCGGGUUCAUGUAGUAUUGGACGCCUCCUCCCAUUUCAGGUUGGCUGCUUCCCUGGUUCCCUCGGUAAAAGGGGUAGCUGUGAGGCAAGUAGGUGAUGGAAAAUGGCAUGGAAGUUUGCAGUGGAAACGGCUAAAUAGUCGAGCUUGACCUUUUUUCGGGACACAGAAACUCGAUCAGCUGGUGACUCCAAACUAGCUGCCAUUUUCAGGUCAUUCGAGGCAUCUCACUCUAACUAGUUUGUAGCCAGCUGAAUGAAUAAGCCUGCUUUAUUCGUCUAUUAGUCGCCCACUGGGAUGGGGGAAUCGCUUUGUCCUGUGCUGUCUAGUGGUGGAAUAUAAAUCAUGAUGGCUGAUGGAUGUUGCAGAGGGAUGGAAAGAGGCAGGGGUAAGAUUGCAUCAGAUUCUUUACCAAGACCCACAUAUCCUCAGCAAUAUGUCCAGACCGGUUCACAGCAGCAGGGCAAUGACAUCCAGGAGUUAGCCUCAAAACGCGUCGACAUCCAGAAGAAACGCUUCUAUCUGGAUGUCAAGCAGAGUGUCCGCGGACGCUUCCUCAAAAUAGCCGAGGUAUGGAUCGGAAGAGGCCGUCAUGAUAACAUCAGGAAGAGCAAGCUGACGCUGUCUAUGUCGAUGGCUCCCGCUCUCCGCUACUGCCUGGGAGACUUCAUAGAUUAUUAUGCCCGUAUCGGACUGCGGGGGGGCCUCGCGCCUCCGCAGCUCGAGGAGCACAGCAACAACGGCCAGGGCCGCGCGCACGACUCCCGCAGGAGAACGCAGGAGCAGCACGCGGCACUGUCUCCAACCGGCUCGGCGGUGUCCGACGACCAUGCCCACCGCGUCCUCAAGAGCGAAUUUAUCGAGAGAGACAACAGAAAGUAUUUCCUGGACCUGAAAGAGAAUCAGAGAGGUCGCUUCCUCCGCAUACGACAGACUGUCAGCAAAGGACACGGCACAAUGGGCUACUACGGCCAGGGCAUCGAGCAGACCAUCGUGCUGCCAGCGCAGGGGCUCAUCGAGUUCAGAGACGCACUGUCACAGCUGAUUGAAGACUACGGCGACGAGGAGAGCGACGACCGCGGCCGAACGGGAUCCAGGAAUCACGACAACAAUCCCGAGCUUCCAGAGGCUGCGUCUUUUCGGGUGGACAACAAGAGGUUUUACUUUGACGUCGGGUCUAACCGGUAUGGUGUCUUUUUAAAAAUAAGUGAGGUGCGGCAGCCGUAUAGAAACACCAUCACAGUUCCCCUAAAAGCCUGGGCUAGAUUUGGAGAAAAUUUCAUCAGGUACGAAGAAGAGAUGAGACGAAUUUUCUCCUGUCACAAAGAGAAGAGGAUAGACACACGGCAGGACAGCGAGGAGCAGGAGGACUGACCUUGGCAGUAGGCUGUGUCUGUGCAUUUGCAUGUAUUCUAGGGACUCAGUUAAUGAAAUAUCCAGACAUGACAGUAACCUUAAACAACCCUCUAUGCUACUGUAUGUGUCCCUACGAUAGCCUACUACAGGAUGCAGUGUCCCACCUUAACUUUUUGGCUCAUCUACCAAGGGCUGGUGAAGUACAAAUUGUAACCUGCCAAGAAGUCAUACAUUCAUAGCCCAAUGCCUAUGUCUGUUUCAGUGAAAUAUGUCAACUAUUCAUUUUCCAGUCUCUUCAUUUCUCAGUGCUAUUUAAUGCACUUUAGUUACUUAGUCAGAGGCAGCCCAAGACUAUUUGGGACCCUGAGCAGAACUGUAUAUUUCCCCUACCCCUCCCCUUUAAAAUGAAAGAGUGUGCUGUAAAUUACAGCAGUUUAGUUAUAAGGGACUUUUCUUUACUUAUCAGAGAAGGGGGUUGGCUGGGGCAUGACUUCAGUUUUUUUUCACUCUUCCCUGAAGCUACAAAGAUUUUUCCUUGAGGCUCCAUAAGUGACUUGGGGAAAAUGCAUGACCCCUCCUCCACCAUAAAUUCAUUACUAGAUAUUUAAAACUUACCAUUUGAUGUUUGAAAGUUAAAAGUUAAAAUCCUGGAACUGGUGAAAAAAGCCUCAGUUUUUUUCACUCUUGUUGUUUAUGCUAGGUAGUUCAUGCAGUCAGUUUAUUUUUGGCCAAAUUUUAAAUAAUAUAGAAUAAAGUCAUUUUGAUGAAAUAUCACUAUAUUAAGUUCAGAUUUGGUAAUAUGUCACACAUGAUGUAAAUCAUGAAAAUUUGAAAAUUUAAGGAUAAUUUCUGUUUUUACAGUUUCUGGCUAUGAUACAUGGUGUAAUUUUGGCAUUUUUUUAAAAAAGAAAACAUGCACUUUUUUUUUUUUAAAAAAGGUCUGCAGUAAAAGAAAUACAAAACACAACCAUUUAAAUUUGUAUGCUCCUCCCCUAAGCCAAAAUAAUAAACAUAAGUCCCUUUCCAGUGCUUAAAAAAUAUUUAACAUGCCUCCCACUUUUUGCACCACCCCUCCCACUUCAUAAGUAAUGAACAGUCCCUAAGUGUUGAUAGAAUGUGGUACCUGCUAUACCACUUUAAUAUUUAGCCCCAAAGCAUAUUGAUAAUCAGUUUUAUGGCGUGCAAGUGGGCAGAAAAACUGUCAACCACAACUGAUCGCUGAGAGACAAAAAAUGUAACUUAUAUAAAAUGAAUUAACUUAAAAUGUGUUCAUUAUAUAUUGUGCAAAAACAUAGAACAUUUUAGUAAUUACGUUUACAUUUAAAUUGCAACUAUAUGUAUUAAAAAAACAAACAAACAGAGGACCUCACAUGUGGAAGUUGGAUGUUUGGGGGGCCCCCCUGCUGGCCAUUAAGCCCUAAGCAGGAACUUGCUGUUUGUGCAACACACAGUGGCUGUAUCGACUGGUGCAGGCUUACAUAGAAAAUAAUAGACACUGGUGUGUGUUGCCCUUCAGUGGACUCCAGCUACGGCUGUUUCCUACACUGGGAGUUUAACAUUAGAUAGUUGCCACAUUUUGAAUAAUACUGCAGCACGUGCGCACACACCGACACACACACACACACACACACACACACACACACACACACACACACACACGCAGUAGAUGUCAGCAUGUAGAGAUUAGGCUUUCACCUCAACAAUAACUCUGUGGCAAAAUGAAUGCAGGGUUCCACAUUCAUUUCAAUGACCCAACUUUUCCUGCAGUGCAGUGCAAAUUGAGUGUGUGCAAGUGACCAAACCAGGUGGAACACCUUGCAGUGUGUAAGAUGUAGCAAUGUGCCGAUUUGCUGCUUACCUCGAUGGCAUCGAGACAAGGGGAGAAAUGAAAGUGGCAUAGAGUCCAGCCUCAGAGUAGAACCAGGACAGACAGUGCUGUGUAUGGUGGGUUGGUUUUUGAUAAACCUUCACACUGUGACAACACACUAACACAGCCCCUUGCACUGUUCUGCUGUAGAGCUAUUGUGAGUGAGAAAGCACCAAACAGUUCACGAUGCUUAACAAAGCUUGCAAAGGAGACAAAAAUGAAUCAAAAGAUUUAUGAGUUAGUGCAAUACAUCUCCUUUCUGAAACUAUCCAACACUGGCACUUAGUCCACAAACAUGGUACCGUGUUUGUCAUAUCUGUGUUUCCCUGAGCUGAGUCACGUUCAGAUACUAAUUUUUGAUCUUUUACUUGCUUUGAACAAACACUUGAAAAAUAAUUGACUUGUGACAUGUGCUGACAGAUAGUUCACUGUCUGAAUAUGUAUUUGAAAUAUGUCUCUUCUCACCAACCAAAAACAACCCGGUCUUGUUCCGAAGUCGUCAGAUACUGCCGCUUGGUCAUUGAUUUCUGCAUCACGCACAAACGAAAAACAGGCAUCCUUUCGUGGCAAUAUGAUAUGCUGUUGGGAGGCAUCAGUUGAUAACGCCAUCGGAUGGCGUUAGUUUGAAACGCCACCGGACUACAACAUAAUUUAAGGACCUGGAAGGUCCCUAAAGGGCAGACAGGAGGGGUGUUAGAUGGGUCAAACAGCACCGGAUUUUCAUCCAGAAGGCCGGUGUUUGCUUCCCCUAUGAAUGUUGAGCCAAACCAUGACGUUUUUAUUAAACCUAACCACAUGCAUUUGUUGCACAAUGAAAUAAACGUAAAUGUGUGGUGUUUUACCAUAGAGUUCUCAAUGGGCCGAAAAGAUUACAACCUGAACCUGGCCGACCCAUUUGAGUUAAAGCCUGAACCUGGCCCAUCCAAGACCAUCAUAUAAAAUACUGAGCGCGACCCCACAAAAAGCAGUAGAUGGCUUCUAACACCACAGUGGCUGUGUGGUAACGGAAGCCACAUACAUCUCCAGCUGAAGAUGGACCAGCUCAAUAGUUCACUGACUCUCCACAGUCUUUAAGUUUACAUGACAUUAGAGAAAAUCAAUUGUGUUUGUUCAACUAAAACCAGACUUUUAAAAUAAACGUAAACAUGUUAGUAUGACUGAAAUUGUACUAAAUCGUAUUUCUCAAAGUCAGACUAACACACCCAGAUAAUGCGAUUGGGAGUGGAAUAAUUCCUGCAUGUAUACAGUCAAUCAGACCCAAACUGGCCUUGGCACUCUGUGCAUGCGCCACAGUUUGCACCCUGAGCUUUGACCUGGAAGUCAAGUAGCAUUAAAUGUGUAACAGGAGAAGAAGCUGGUAACAACUUGGAGAAAUCUGCAUCCAGAGCCGUGCAUUUUUUGAUGGAGGAGGAGACACAGUUCAUGCUUUAUCAGCUGAAAGAAGGUUGAUUGUUUGGUGUGUGGCGUAAUUGGUCGACUGAAAAAUGUGCAAUACUAACAAGCUGAAAGGGGGCAUAUCGCCAUCUAUUGUAAUGGAGUCAGACAUACUUCAGUCAAUAAACUGAUUCCCCUCCCAUGUAAAUUUACUGACUGUAUUCCUCCGUUAGAGAAGCUCCCUGCUCCAGCCCGGAGAAAGGACAAAGAGCCCAGCAUGGAGCCUGGCUGCCCCCUCUCUUCUUUCUGCCUGCAGAACAAGUACUGCGAAAGAAAUGGGAGAUGAUAUCAAUCAGUCACUCAAUAUAUAAUAUUUGUUGGAUUUACAUUUUAAAUAAAUAAUUACUAAAUAAGUUAAGCACAGAGGGCUCACUUUUAAUAGUUUUCAUUUAUUUAUUUAAAAAAUAAAAAAGGCUGGAGCCCUACUUGGCUAAGCCGCUCAGUACUAAUUUUCAGCUCAAACCCAGUCCGAUCCAUCAGGUUUUUGGGGACCUGUCAGGCUUGGGUUGAGACUGAGAACUCCAUUUUAUUGUUGUUGAAUGUUUAUCUUUAAAAAGACUGUAAAAGUAGCAAGUACAUUUCCUGUGAAAAUAGAAGUGUAUUUUAAAAACACACAAUGCAUGUUACAGGUGUAAAUUGACACAGCAUCCCAGAACAUCAACAACAGACGUACCCAGGAUACCUAGCGCGUAAUAUAUAGACAUGAAAGUCCACUGACCAAGCGGCGAUGUGUGACAAGCUGGGAGUGAGAAUGUGUUGCCAAAAACCCCGUUCAGGCAGGUAAUAGCAAACAGACAGCGACUGCUGUCUGUAAACACUUGUGUAGAUCUCAUUAUUCUUAAGGAAAAAUGUGUUGCUGUUGUUACAUUAUUUAUACUCUAUGGCAAUUAUAGCCCAACAGCUCACAUUUAGACACUUUAGUUUUUCUGAAGGAAAGGUAUUUUACAUGUGUUCUGCUGAACGCUCAAGAUCAUAUGCAGCUUGUCUUCAGUGACUACAUGGCGAAAUUUGGCAGAGCUCACAGUACAAUACACAAUCAUGAAAGACCUGAGGCAUAAAUGAUGCCCCAGGUUGCAGUAAUGCCAGUAUAGACAGCUAAACUGUUAGAUGGACGUGUAUGUGUUCUCUCCAGUGAAUUUCAGACAGAAACAUGCAGCUGAAACACAGCCAUCACUGACAGACAAACAAGAAGCAGACCUAAACUGGCUCUGCACUGGCACUUGGAGGAACAGGGUUCCAUCUUUCCAUUUGUGCACCAUUCUUUGCCACUUUGAAACAAUUAUUAAUUUCUUCCCCCCACACCAGUUGUGAACAGUUCACCAAAGAGGAACUUCCUUCUCAGAUUUUUUUGGCAGCAUGAGGAGGUAGUAUCUUCAGUGAAAAAAAAGAAGAAGAAAAGAAAUAGAACAAAGUCUGAGGAAAUAUAUUUUUUCUGCUUUUUUUAUCCUAUUAAUCAUGUCAUGAGCCCUGAGAUUUAUCUUGCCACCCUGUGGGGUCUGACCCCAAGGUUCUGAACCACUGAUGUAGACAGUCCCAGUGCCAGUUGUAUAGUGAUGCCUUUAAAACUCUUGUGGAUACUUGAAACAUUGAGAAUUAUAAUUUAUAUUAUUUAACUUCAUGCCCCUUACAAUACUACUCACUGAUAAUAUUUGAAAUGAGGCAUCAAAAUGAGUUCUUUCCAAAAUCUACUGCUUCAUAUGUAGGAAAAAUAAUUGAUUUGAUUUUGGAAUAUGUGGUGCUAUGGAAAUAUCUUCAUACAUUUUCUUUUUGUCAUAUAAAGUUGUUGAUGUUAGAUCUAGGACAGCUGAGAUCUACAGCUCUCUGAUGACAUAAAGGUGAAGGUAGAAAGCGGACAGCUCAGUGCUCAUCGACACACUGGGUAGAAAGAUGAAUGGUAGCAUAGAAAGGGCUCAACACAACAUCCUGCCUUUAAACCAUACCAAUGUGCUCAUUUCUGCAGAACCUUGUAUUUUACUUUUCCCAACUAUCUACUGAUAAGGAAAUGGAAAAGCUGUCUUAAAGUGUCCAUGUCUUACCUGUGUUUUCUUUUUGGCUGUGUGUCUCUAACAAUCCAUGAAGUGCUGCUUCUCCAUUAGAGCUUGAAUGGCAGUUUGCUGUACAUUGAGUGCUGUGUAUUGUGUAUGUGACCUGCACAAAAAAAGAGCUGCUCACUAAUGACAAAGAGUCCAAUUCAGACUUUGACGCAACAUAUAACUACAGUUACUGCAACUACAGUCUGUAAGAUCAGACACUGUGCCAACUAAAAUCAAGACCUUACAACUUUUUUUUUCUGAUGUAAAAAUUCCUCACUGAGGAAACACUGAGAAUGGAAUUACCUGAACUAAUCCAGACUCACAUGGCUAACUCGAUAUAAUAAACAUUUCCAAGACAUAAACUCCAUCAGUACAAUAGAGUCAUGUUAUACUAACCACUCUUAACACAAAUACUCUUCUUCUUCAUUAAUGUGUUACUGUCACUUCUGCUUUGCUGUUGUUCUGUUCACAGUUAAGCUAGUGUAGCUGAAUAUCAAUUCAUUUCCUGCAGAAGUUUCAAUGAAAACAGUAUUUCUGUUGCAAAAGAGAAACUUAAGAGCAGCAGACAAAUAGUUUGUGUUGACAGAAAAUUAAGAUGAGCAUCUGCUACAGUAUCUGGUAAAAUAUUCCAAUAACAAGGACAUUAGAAAUAAUGGCAUGUCUCAAAAAUACCUGCAGUAUAGGUAAAUACAGUGUACUAUUUGAGAAUUGACAGCAUAUAUAAAAUAUAAUUCCUAAUAUACUAAAGAAUCAUAAAGUGCAACAGCUGCUGAUGGUUGGAUGCUAGGAGAAUGUUAGGACUUCUAACACUUAAGUGUAUUCUCUUUUAAACUAUCAUGUAAGAAAUCAGAUUGCCAGCAGAUGUUGAUGCAGGUAAACUGCACCUUCACCAUCCUGCAGACAGAUUGCUGUGGAGAGGUGUCUUAGUGCCUGCUGCAGUUUUAUGAAGACAGACUGGCACCAAAAUGCCCAGUCACUUGUGCCUGCUGCAGUAUUUGGCAAAGACAGUUCCACAGAGGUAGAUGUGUCUCAAUAUUAUUUGUGUGAACAGGUUAACAAUCUAUGUGUUAAUGUGUCUUCUGUAAAUAUAAAACAUCAGCAAACACAAAAAUGAUUUGUAAACUCAAAAAACUACACUGUAACCCCCAAUUUGCUCACUCAACUUAAAAAUGUAGUGGCUUGAACUGAAAAUGUCACAUGACCCUUGUCUGACAGGAAUUUUAUGUCAGUUCAAUGUAACUUUUUUUGUUGUUUGAGUAUUUCAUUUUAUGUUAUAUGAACACAAAAGCACUGAGUAAAAAUCUUUAUAACAGUUUUUUAAUAUUGCAUUUAACUAUAAAAAUAUAUGUUACGUGCACAAUGAUAGUGUUUAUGGGCAUUGAACUAAUUGGCUUUAUAACUUGUAGUCAAAUUAACUCAAAAAUUGUUGACUUAUAAAAAAAAUGCUGUCAACCUCACAAGGGUUUUUGUGUCAAGUGAACAAAAAGUUACGUCAUUUUAACAAUUCGGAGCAUUUGUGUUGACUUUUCAUUUAAAAUUUGUGUCAUGGAUGGAUUGGGGUUUACAGUGUAUUUGGCAAAUAUAAAAAGGAUCUGCUAUCAAUAUAUUCCAAAAUUAAAAAAAACAUAUUUGUGAAUACAUGUAACUAACUUUAAAUAAAAACACAUACACAUUAAAUAAAAACACAUUUAUUGAUAUCUUCCUAACAUUUACAACUUUCCAACAGAUAUUUUUUUGAAUCUGUUUUUUAUUUGUGAAUCUCAAUUCUAUGCUUGCAGAUUUGGAUUUUAUGCACACUGAGGCUUUGUAAAUGUAUGGAAUUUGUUUGUGUAUUUGCAGAUGUUUAAUAUUUGCAAAAUACUUUUGUGAGUUUGCAAAUCUUUUUUUGUAUUUGUAGAAGCUGUUUUAUUAUUACUGAUUACACAUCCACCAAACAGAUUGUAGAUCUUCUUACACAAAUUAUUUUUGAGACAAUUCCAUCUCUAUAUUUGCAGUGUUUGCAGAUCCGUUUGAUAUUUGCAAAAUAGUUUUUUGAAUUUAUUAAUUCUUUAUUGCUUUUGUGGGAGGUGUUUUAAACUUUAAACACAGAGGUUGUUGAUCAGUUCACAAAGAUAAUAUUGACUGAAAUCUAUCUCCAUAUGUCUGAGUUGGGCCCUUUGUCUCAGUGGAGCUCUACAGCAUUGACCAUGUCAACUCCAACUUUAAUAGAGUUGAGAUGUCAUAAAAUAACCGGUAUUGGUGUAGGAGGGGGAAAAAAAAUGCAAAAACUUCAUAAAAAUCAGUGUUGAAAUAUUUGUACUGGUGGCAGCCAAUUCUUGUGAUGCCUUUAGGUGCAUGAAAAGCACAGGACUAGUUGGAUUUGGUGUGUUUGUUGUACUGUCUGGUGUAGGGCAUGAACUUUAAUGAUUCAGUGAGUUGUUUGUAUUUAUGAAUGGCUUAGUUAUAUAAAGCAGUGUAGGAAGUAUAAUUCAAAGCACAAUUUAUUUUAGAAAUGAUGUGGAAUUAUAAUAUAUAUUCGAUUCUUUACAUUGAUUUGAGUCAGCAUUGAUAGCCAGUGAAUUUGGCUCAGGAGGCGAAUUUUCUCAAAGAUUAAAUUUUGCCUCAGCCAAGAUAUUUAGAUAAAGACAUGAUAUUUAUUCUCCUGAAAGUGGAAUGUGAAUUCCUUUAAAGGUAUUAUGUCCUCUGUCUUUUGUAUUCCAAAUAUCACUCCAAAAAGCACUUUAAAUAAAAGCUGCACUUUUGUUCUGCUGCUCUGUAAUCAGCUGACAAAGAGGGACCAUUUCUAUCCAUGCCUUUGGUAUAAAGUGACAAUCAUGGUACCCUGCUUAUAGAAUCUGAUGAGCUGCAGUUAAACACAACUCCCAUCAUGAUCUGUGUUCAAUUUGCAACAGCCCCUCAUCAAGAUGACAGUCUGGAGUUGAACAUUUUGUACAUAUUAAUGCAAACGUCACAUUAAGCAAUCAUUGUCAGAUGUACUGAGACACUAAAGUCUCACUGAGUUUUGUGAAAUGAGCACAAAAUUUGAAUUGCAGAUUUCAUCCUGGACAUAAAUAAUGUGAAGACUACUCUAGCAUAAACAGCAUUGUUUGGCAAUAGUGCAAACUAUGGCUGUCAUUAUAUAUUUGAAAUUCGAACAGGCUCGAAAAACUUUAAAUGUUCAAUGUGUAAUCAUCUAUCUAUCUAUCUAUCUAUCUAUCUAUCUAUCUAUCUAUCUAUAAUCUACUCUAAAUCAAAAUUCAGCUUACAGUCUAAAAAAUGAUUCAUCAGUUCAACUUAAAAAAAUAAGUUAACAAUUUGUCUGCAUAUUUUUUUAUGAUAUUUUUGGGGGCAUUUUUGGCCUUUAUUUGAUAGGACAGACAAGUGUGAAAGGGGGAGGGAGAGAGAGAGGGAAUGACGUGCAGCAAAGGGCCACAGGCUGGAGUUGAACCCAGGCUGCUGCGGCAACAGCCUUGUACAUGGGCUGCCUGCUCUACCACUAAGCCACUGACGCCCCUGUCUGCAUCUUUUUAAGUAGUCCCAACUCUGGCAUUAUUGAGCCAAUCAUAUGAGUCUUUUCGAAUCUGACAAAUCCAUCAAGUUUAGUACAACUGACAUAAUAUGCUUUGACUUUAUAAAGCUUAAUUAAGUUGAACCAACCUAAUAUUUAGCCAAAGUUGUGGUAAUGUUUAGUGGUCAUGUAAUUUUUAAAAAAUAUUUCCAGCUCCUACUCAGAAAUGUCAGAAACGUUUUUGAUUUUUGACCAACUUCUUAAAAUAAGAUGUCAACACUUAAAUGUAGCAAAUGUAAUUUGUUAUACUGAAACACUUCUUUAUUUCAAGCAUUAUCCACUAACCCCAGGAAUCAUUUUUAGAGGCCGUGCCAUCUGAUCGAUGUCCUGCUGUCAGUAAACACGUUUUUUGUUGCUGCUAACAUUUAAUGGUGAAUAUUUAUAGCAGAUUAUUAUGAUACCAAACCAUUUGAGAAGUUAGGGAAAGGAUCUUUUAAUUUUAUACCUUUAUGUAACAGUGUAGUUUUACAUUAGAUUAGGUGGGAUACACUUGAAUUAACUAUGUUAGUUCUCGUUCAAUUUUUUAUUUUAUUUUUUAAAAGGUGACAGGCCAAGUACAAACAGGACAUUCUACCUGGAGAAAACUUGAUUUUUUUUUUGUCAUGGAUUCUUCUGGUUUGCUACCAAAAUGAUGGCAGUUGUAUCAAAAGCCAUCAGAAGCAUCUCCCUCGUAAUGAAUACACUGCUCUUCUGUAAAACACACUUUUUUUUUACCCUCUUUGGAACUACUUUGUGGUCUUAGCAGAUGUUUCUUGUCACGAUUUUGUGCUCCUUUCACAACAUUUCAUGGGACCAAAGAUGUAUGUGUUUGGGAUGAGAAGGAAAAUGCUAUUGGCUCUAAAACAUGACUUUUUCUGAUUUAGUACUGUGUGCUCCUGUCUGUUCUGUAGAAUCAAAAUUGUGUACUGGAUGUCGGUGGUGGAACCCUUAUAAAAAGUUUCCUUACUGUCGGGAAAGUAUGUCAUACUGCAGAGCUUAAAAAAUUAUUAAGAAAAACAAAUAGUGAUCCUGACCUAAUAGAAUAACAAAUUAACCCUUACUUCUCUUCAUCCAAAACUGAAGUAAAUAGAUAGCAAAAAGAAAGGUGCAAAUGCUUUGUCUGAAUUUAUAACAAUGUUAGUCUCUUAUUUGCAUAAUAAAAGUGGGUAUUUAAUAUAUUCAUAUGUUAUAUUAUUUGUUCCCCUUAGAGAGGCACACUGGUGCUUUGCUUUUUUAUCCCAUUACUAACAAAUAAUGCCUCCCUUAUUUUACUGCGGAGCUGCAGCAUAUCUCAACAGUCAACCCAAAGACAAACUGUAAGAUAAUAUAGAAAAAGGAUCAAGUGAAUUAGUAAACUUCUUGCAUUAAAAGGAUUGCCUUUGGGAACAGCGAGGGCUGUUUGCAAAUAACUGCGCUGACUGAAUGAGAAAGAAUUUGGGCUUCUAAUUGAACCUACUGCUCUUACUUGCUUAUCUUUCUUUGUGUGCACAGUUUUUCUGUGUGAUUAUUUCAGGUGCACCCACUUUCAGUUUGAUCUCCAGGUGAAGUGGUUUAGGUCACCUGGAUUAUUAUGCUUUCCCUAUAUUAAGCCUCAAAUUACAUGCUUCUCUCCUGGAAACUUUAGAGUUCAAAUAUGCAGAAAUGAUGGACCUAUAAAAUAAAGUGUUACUGUUUAUUUGCAUGGCAUACUGACAUGAAUGGAAACUACUGAAUCUGAAAACCACUGAUCUUUUUAGUAAUAUAAAGAGCGUGCAAUUUGAAUUUGAGCAUCUCAUACCCUCACACUCUGUGUAUGUAAAAGGUUGCUGUGAAAAGGAUGUAGAUCUCUCACUGACAAAGAACAGCAGCUGUGGUCAGCUUGUCUUCAAUGGCAGCAAGAUAUGAUACAAAUAAGUGGUGAACAAGGCCUUCUGCUGUUUAACUUCAACUGAAUUUAAUUUAAAUUUAAGAUUAUUUUGUUAAAUCAUCCCAACUUAUGUGCUUUGACACAUGCACAAAAAGUUGAGGUCCACUGGAUAGCUUUCUCUGGAGCUUAGGAAGACCAUGAUAUGACACCAGAGUAUUAGCACACAAGAAGGAGUGCAUUCAGCCAUAUUUAGACCACAGCUGCUCUCCCUUGUCACUCAAGAAAGUACAAACAGCAGCUGAGGACAGAUUUUUACUUUGGGAUGAUCAGUACCGUGCAUAAUGCUGGUAUGGUCUUGUGAGAAAAUCAAAUGUUGAGUGGACAGUCAGCAGAGAGCUACGGGGGGAGGGCUACAGGAUGUUGGACUUUGAUGAACAACUUGGUGAAAGGAGAUCUGGACUGUUAACAAAGAUCUAAUGUUUCCAACCUUGACGCCUUAAAGCACCUUUACUAUUUGACUAUUUUUGCUUAUUUGAAUUCAUGUGCUUUGUUUAUGCAAAUAAGAAAUUAUUUUGAAAAAGGUCCACGGGUCAAAAGCCACAGUGAAGUAGUUCUGAUAGGGAUAGGUAAUCAAAGAAAAGAUGUGGGACUCACCUUGACAAAGUGUUUGUGUAUAUUUGUGGUUGUGCAGGUAGAGUGAUGUGAAUGUAUGCACACUCAAGAAGACAUUCUGGUUUGCUGUUUUGUUUUGCCCUCUGUUUAACAUCAGAGUGUUGGAGUGGGAAACAAAGAGAUGUAGAUGUCUGGUAAUCAUUUAAAAAUGAACUGAAGUGAAUAAUGAAAAUGUGAAAAGGUGUGUAUUUAGAUAAAUGUAAUGUAAUACAUUGGUGUGUCCUAUAGUCCUGUAGAGUAAGACUUAAAAAACAAGGACGUUUUGUACUCUAGCACUUUCUUUAAUGUGUACUGUAUUAGUUCAUCUUCUACAUGUAAAAGUACUGUAUGAAUAUUCAUUACUUGCCUUGUAAUGUUUGAAACGAUGCUACGUUUAGAAAUGGUAACCAAGAAAACAAAGUUUUUAGAGUGUAUGCAUGCCAAUGGUUGGGUCCCAGUAUAAUAGGAAAACUAUAUGAAAAAUGGUGCUAUGUUAUAUUAUAUAAAGGUGCUUCUAUGGACCCCAGCUGAAUGCAUGCAAAGAGGAACUAUCAAAAGACGAAGAAAAAAAAAAAGAAAAUUGAUGUCCUACUGCUGUUUUCAAAUAGUGCUGCCUCCCAAAGAUGUCGGAAAUGUGGAAAUUCCAACUUUCUAUUUGUUAAAAUGCAACAGCCUCUCAAGUUAUUAGGCUAUUCCAACUCUGGUGUACGAUACAGAAAAUCAUAAUGUCAGCAGGCUCCACAAACUUGAGCACACUGUGUUACUUUCACCCUGUUGAGAUUCCUCCAAACAUAACAUUUAGUGUUUGUUGGGAUGGAGCAUUUUAACUUGGACGAAGAAAGUUUAAGUGGAGAAUCAACUUGGAUAUGGAGGUUGUUUUUACAAUAAGUCAGCUGGGAAUUUCCAACUGAAGACUAGAAAUGGAACUCCUAGUAGGUGGCAGAUAUCCUACCUGAUCACAAACGGUGAAGUCUAACUGUAAAUGUCAACAGUACCAGCCUCCACAGCUCUAAGACAAACUGUUUGUAGCCCUGAGCCAGUAUGCUAAAAUACAGAAAUUGGCCAGUAUUUAUAAAGACAACAUAAACCAAUAAUAUCUCCAACUUCAGCAGUCAGUCAUGAGGUGGUUCUAUUAUUAAGAAAAGUGUCUAUUUACAGUUACACUGCCUUUGUGACAAAGGUCUAAAAGAUCUAUAGACAAUCUAACGACAUCAUUUUGUACUCUUAAUUCUUCAGAUGUUUAUGUGUUGAAAUAUUUUUUCAUGUAGCAGAAUUAUAGGACAGCAAACAUCAAUAUAGACUUUAAAAGAUCAAAGUUUGAGUGUGGAGAACUUUGUGCUGAUUGAUGCUGGAAAAGAAUUUGGAUGGGAAAAGAAAAUAUGUAUGCUUAUUGGUUGUACUGACCAUCUUUCUUUUUAUGUUGUUCAUUAAAUGUUUUACAGGAUUA